CUGUAUCUCACUACAAGUGCCUGUCUCUCACUACAACUGCCUGUCACUACAAGUGCCUGUCUCUCACUACAACUGCCUGUCACUACAAGUGCCUGUUUCUCACUACAAGUGCCUGUCACUACAAGUGCCUGCCUACAAGUGCACUAUAGCCCUACAAACCUACAUAUCAGUAAGAAAGACAGAGCAAGUUUUAUCAGUGCCAGCCACACUAUCAGUCUUCAUGAGGCACUGAAGUAGUGCAGUGCCACCAGGAGCGCUAAAACCGCAAGAACCACUGAGAGUCAGGCCUGAAGCUCCGAUCCCUGUCCGCAAUUCUUAAGCCAGCAGACAGUGAAGGCGAAGAUGAGCCGCUGACAACAAGGAAGACGUGAAUAUGAACGAAAAUGACAGCAGUAAGAAAAUGAGCCAGCAGACAGCAGAAAAAGGAGAGAGACAAUGGUUCUCGUGGGUGUCACUGGUGGCACUGCUGGCAGUGACAGUGGCACUGAUGGUCACUGUCCACCGUCUCAACACUCUGCUGGGGAAGGAGAGGCACUUGCACCAGCAACACUUGCAGGAACUAGAGGCUGAGGCAUCUGCUGCCAAGAUGCAGCAGACUGUUGCUGCCAGUGAGAAGUACGAGGCCAUCAGUAAGCUCACUGAGCUGGAGACUAAGCUCACUGGGCUGGAGACUAAGCUCACUCACCUUGAAGAACUGGAGUUGAAGCUCAAGAAAGCUCAGAAAAUGACAGAGAUGGCAGAGUCAGCUCAGGCAGCGUGUAGGGAGACAUUAUCCAGACAAGAAGUGACUAGGAACACCCAGAACCAGAAGAUAACACAGUACCAGGAGAGGAUAAGUGGCUUGGAAGAUGAAGUGUUGAGAGUGUCUUCAGAGCUCCAAGCUCACUCAAGUGCCAGCCAGGAUCUGGCAGCUGAAGUGGAGGUUCUCUUGGUAAGUUACACUUACUGUGACCCUUCCUGCCACUUACUUUGCUCCUUCACACAGAAGAGCUUGAAGGAUCUCCGCCAGGAGGCGAAGCUGAAGGAGGAACUGCUGAAGGAGGGGCUGCAGGAGGCCACGAGGAAGGAAGAGCAGCUGAAGGAGGCUCAGCAGGAGGCGACGAAGAAGGAAGAACAGCUAAAGGAGGCACAACAGGAGGCCACGAAGAACAAAGAACAGCUGAAGGAGGCACAACAGGAGGCCACGAAGAACAAAGAACAGCUGAAGGGGGCACAACAGGAGGCCACGAAGAACAAAGAACAGCUGAAGGAGGCACAACAAGAGGCCACGAAGAACAAAGAACAGCUGAAGGAGGCACAACAGGAGGCCACGAAGAACAAAGAACAGCUGAAGGAGGCACAACAGGAGGCCACGAAGAACAAAGAACAACUGAAGGAGGCAAACAGACAGGAGCACAGGACAGGAGGGACAGCAGCAGGCAACUAG